AUGGGCUCUAAGAUCCUCGAAAGCAUUUCCCGAAAGGACCUGUUCCGAACUCAGGGUUAUAUCGAUGGUUCUUGGGUAGAUGCAACCUCAGGCAGGACCUUUGAUGUCCUUGAUCCCGCUACUCUUGAUAAGAUCGCAUCCGUCCCGGAGAUGGGAUCCGCGGAUACCCUCAAAGCAAUCCAGUCAGCAUAUACGGCCUUUCAAUCAUACAAACAGACGACCGCAAGACAACGUGCGCGAUGGUUGCGCAAGUGGAGCGACCUCUGCUUGGAAAAUGCCGACGAUCUUGCCCUCAUCCUCUGCCUCGAGAAUGGAAAGACACUAGCCGAAGCAAAAGGAGAGGUGACUUACGCAGCCUCCUUCUUGGAGUGGUUCGCUGGCGAGGCCGAACGUACCUAUGGCGAGGUUAUCCCUUCUUCCAACCCGAAGCAGAGGAUCCUGACCUUCAAGCAACCUCUUGGUGUGGCAGCGUGCAUGGCCCCCUGGAACUUCCCCAUCGCCAUGAUCACUCGGAAAUGCGGCGCGGCUCUAGCUGCCGGCUGUACAACCGUGUGGAAGCCUGCAGGAGAGACGCCCUUGAGUUGCCUGGCUCAAGCUGUGCUCGCCCAAGAGGCAGGUUUCCCCAAAGGAUGCAUCAACGUCAUUACCACCCUCGACUUGGUGGCCGAGGUUGGCGAGACUCUUUGUACCAGCAAGCUCGUGCGCAAGCUGAGCUUCACGGGAAGUACCAGAAUUGGAAAACUACUCGCGAGCCAGUGCAGCGGAAAUUUGACCAAGUUAUCCUUGGAGCUCGGCGGAAAUAGUCCCUUUAUCGUCUUUGACGAUGCCAAUCUGGAGACAGCCAUUGAGGCCUUCAUCAUGGCCAAGUUCAGAAACUCUGGUCAAACAUGCGUAACUGCCAACCGUGUCUUUGUGCAGAGCCGCAUCUACGAUGCAUUCGCCAAGGCUCUUGUCGACAAGGUCAAGACGCUGAAGGUCGGUCCUGGUACUGAGCCAGAUGUCUUUAUAGGGCCCCUCACGCACGAGCGGGCAGUUGACAAGGCAAUGAGCCAUAUUGAAGAUGCAAAGAUGCGCGGCGCCGAGGUGGUUCUUGGAGGGGCACCUCUGACCGACCAUAAUGGCUACUUUAUUGAGCCAACUAUCAUCAAAGGCAUGGACCACGGCAUGCUCAUGACUCAAGAAGAGACCUUUGCACCAGUGGUUGGGUUGUACAAGUUCGAAACGACCGACGAGGUUAUUGCACUGGCCAAUGACUGCGACGUCGGACUCGGCAGUUUUAUCUGCACCGAGAGCACCCCUCGGAUGUGGCAGGUCGCAGAGGCCCUCGAGGUUGGAAUGGUGGGUGUCAACGUUGGAGUACUCAGUGCAUGUGAGAGUCCGUUCGGUGGUGUCAAGGAGAGUGGCUAUGGGAGAGAAGGCGGCCGACAUGGUAUUGACGAGUAUCUGACUGUCAAGUCGAUGCUGAUCAACGUGUCAACCAAGGAGUCGGGGGCUUGA